AUGUCUUUAUACAAAGCAGAAAAGUCAGAAUUUAGAAACCGAUAUCUAUGUAACACACCUCUUACUAAAAUUCAUCAAAAUAAUAUUCAACCUAUUAAUUAUAUUAACGAGAUUCAACCUGAUUCUAAUUACCAGAAUCAUAAACCACAAUUUGUCGAUAAUGAUCUAUCUAUUGAACAAUUAAUUAGUGCUUUUACCUGGCUUAACACAAAUGAAAACAGCAGCAACAAUGUAAUUGAAAAUAGCAACAACCAAAAUCAUGAAGAUUUCAAUGAUGAUUAUGUCCACCAAAAUCAUUCGCGUUAA